AUGGCAUCAGGACCACCCGCACAGCAGGUCGACGAGACAUACGUGGCAGUCCAGUCGCCCCACGACGCAUCCGUCCUCCUUCAUGACAAGGUUGUCGCCAACGACGGCAAGGCACCACAAACUACGAACAACUUGGUGAGCUUCGGCCAGUUGUUCCAGUACGCCGAUGCCACGGACAUGCUGCUCAUGUUUACCGGCACCCUCGGCGCGAUGGUCAUGGGCGUGAGUCAGCCGAUCCAGAUCGUGUUCUUUGGGGACAUCAUCAACGUGUUCAAUCCCGCGGGCGGCGGCAAUUUUGCCCGCGACAAGUUCAACGACAGCAUCAACAAGGUCGUGUACCAGUUCGUGGUGCUGGCCAGCGUCAUGCUGGUCGUCGGUUUUGGCCAGAUCGCAUGUUGGUCCAUUUCCGCGUCCCGCCAGGCCAAGAAGUUGCGCCACGCGUAUGCCUCAGCCAUCCUGCGCCAAGAAAUCGGCUGGUUCGACGUGAACGAACCAAUGCAGCUGGCGACGAGGGUCGCUGACACGACGCUUCUCGUGCAGGAAGGCAUGGGGCGGAAAGUUGGCGACGGCAUCAACUUCAUGUCCAUGGGACUAGCGUCGCUGAUCCUCGCCUUCCACUACGGGUGGGAGCUGUCGCUCGUGCUGUUUGCGUUCACGCCGUUGUUGGGCAUCUCUGCGUUUUGCACGUCCAAAGCCAUCACGCUGGCCGUCCAAGGAGGCGUGGCGUCGUACGCCGAAGCGGGGGGCAUCGCCGAAGAAAGUUUGAGCAACAUCAAGACCGUGCACAUGUUCAAUGCGAUGCCAGUCAUGGCCGCGAAAUACGUGGCAGCACUGGGACACACCCAAGUGUCGGGGGUGAAAAAGGGAUUGGCAGUAGGCUUUGGCACGGGCAUGAUGUAUUGCAUCGCCAUGUGUACGUACGCCGUGGGCAUGUACUACGGCGCCGUGCGGGUCACUAACGACCAGCUGGGCGACAACAAGUGCAAAUCUGGCACGGCUGGAUGCUACGACGGUGGCCGAGUGAUCACCAUCUUCUUUUGCAUUGUAAUGGGCUCGAUGGCUUUGGGCCAAGCUGGCCCCAGCAUGCAGGCCGUGAUGACUGCUCGCUCCGCCGC